AUGACAAUGCCCCCACCACUUCCUCCUGUGUUAUCCACCACACACCAACACGAUCUAGAUGCUGCUGCUUCUUCUUCUUCAACGUCCAUUCUCAACAUCAUAAAACCACCUGUCCCCGGUCGACGACCGAGGACUGCCCAGUCACAUAAUAAUUCCGAGGUCUUGGUCCCGCCGUUAAUUGCGGGCGCACUCGUUGCUGCUUUCGCAUCUGCCCUUGCCGACGGGUUGGACAACCAACUUCUCACCCACUAUUAUCUCCCCGAAGAAAAGUUUCGAGUCAACAUCGAUAGAGUUCUGGAUCGGCUAUUAUCAGAUUUUACGUCAAUGCUCUGGGAUGAGCUGUGGGCUUUUUACUGCGACUCGAAUCCGCAUUACUCGGAGCAGAUCAAGAAGCUCUUCGAUGGGCCUAUCUGUCAACUUAUACUUAUCCUCAAUGGACCCGAGGCACCACGAUGCAUUCUUGACAAGAUUGGUCCGGGUAUUUCAAGACGGCCUUCGACUUGGUCAGAGGUGGCGCGGGGUAUCGAUCUUCCUAUUGCGCUUCAGCUGCUCUGCAGUUAUUAUGAUAGAGAGUAUCCCGCUCGGUCGCCUAGGGGGUCGCCUAACGAGAUUGCCGCCUCGCUUCAUACCUACAUCACGACAGGAACUUCUGCGAAGCACCUAAUCUCCGAAAUCCGAGAGACUUUAAUCUCGCCGCACCAUGUGCAGAUGCACAUGAUGGAAUCUGCUCUUUGGCAUAUCCUCAUGAAACCUCCGUACCGACAACCCAGGGAUGGCUUCCAUGUUGUGCAGUUCAAGUUUGAAUGCCAGCUACCCGGUGUACUCCAGGAUGUUGGGGACCCUCAACUGUUCAAGAUAUGUUCUUUGGCUUCUAUCACUGGAACCGCCAACGACUGCGUGUACACCACCGUAUCCGAGUAUGCAACCAGACAGUGGCCCAAGUGUGGUGAACUCCUCCUGGGAUGCAUCCAAGAAGCUGUCCAGGGAGCGUUAAUGUCUAGCCGCGAUGGCGAUUCCUUCAACGGCAUGUCUAUCUGGGACGGAACCGAUAACCCCUUCUUGUGUCCCGGUCUACGUCUACUACACGUCGAGGUCGAAGAAGGCUAUAUACGACUCACCGUGUCAGCAUGGACACAUACCAUGAUUGAGAUCUUGCAACAAAUGGCAUGGACGUGCUCUGUCCUCAGUGCCUCACCACUUCCAGGUUCUCUUUCCGAGUCUGCGGUUCAGGUAGCCGAUUGGCAGUACAUGGAGGAGUCAGUCUUUGUUGAAUGCAGUCUGUCGCAUCGACCUGUACCAGAAGGCGACGGUGCGCCUUGGUUGAGACAGUUGGGAGGAGUUGCAAUCGCAAAUGGAUUUCCCAUACGUCACAUUCGGCAGGAUUUGCAGAUGUCAUAG